UUAGGACUUUUUGAUUAUGAAAUUUUCCAACAAAAACUUGUACCAACUUUUUAAGGAUGCUGGACUUGAUUUGGCCACUUUGACUUUCCGUCGUCAAAUUGAAAUCAUUUCGGUGUAUCUUACCUGGAUACAUCUCAUAAUGGAGAUCUGGAGCCUGGCCUUCUAUGGUUUGGAUUCAGUUACCAAGAGUUUUCAAAUAAUUCUUCUUUUGUUUGAUGGGCCAUCUGAGUAAUAUCCAAUUCGUUUUUACAAACCCCGAACUCUAAUUCAUUUCGACCAAUAAAUGUUCCUUUAAAAUUCUACUUUCUUUCGGAAAUAAAGAUGAUGCAUCAACAACCUUAACCCUAUCCACAUUGACAACCAGCCCACUCACUACGACUCCCACUGAUAAUAUUAGAUUUGAUGAAUACG